UUGAGAAGCAAAGACCAAGCCUGCAGUUGCUCAUCGGCUGCUUAGUUUGAGAGUGCAAGCUCUGUCUGCCUGUUCUUCAGCUUUCAUCUCGCUUUUUCUCUCUCUCUCUCGCUCUGCCUCUCGCUCCCUACUGCCGUCUCCUCACGUUUGGAUUCACAAGAGGAAUUAAAGAGCGCUCUCUUUCCCUGAUCCUCCUCAUCUGAACACCAGCAGAGCAUUGAGGAACCAAUGGUCAUGGUGAAGGAGAAAGGCCUCAGGACCACAUCACCUGAUUCGAAACAGUACUUGUUAACAUCGAAAGACACUAAGGACAGAAGUGGCCCAUUCACAGGACCCUCACCACCCACCCGGAAAACUGGUCAUCCAGUGCUAUAAGUGUGGGGAGCCAUGCAAAGGGGAGGUUCUCCGCGUGCAAUCCAAGCACUUCCAUAUUAAAUGUUUUACAUGCAAAGUGUGCGGUUGCGACCUGGCCCAAGGAGGGUUCUUCAUGAAAAACGGGGAAUACCUGUGCACGCUAGACUACCAGAGACUACACGGCACACGCUGCAACGGCUGCGGAGACUUUGUGGAGGGAGAGGUGGUCACAGCCCUGGGGAAAACUUAUCACCCUGCAUGCUUCGUGUGUACCAUUUGCAAACGACCGUUUCCCGCUGGUGACCGUGUCACUUUUAAUGGAAAAGACUGUCUAUGCCAGAGCUGUGUCCAGCCAACAUCCCCAACCCCUAAAGACAUCAGCACCUCUAGCAACUGUGCAGGUUGUGGCAGGGACAUAAAAAAUGGUCAAGCUCUUCUGGCCUUGGAUAGCCAGUGGCAUCUCGGCUGUUUCAAGUGCAAAGUCUGCGGAAAGGUGCUGAGUGGAGAGUACAUCAGCAAGGAUGGUGCUCCAUAUUGUGAGAAAGACUACCAGAUCCAUUUUGGCGUCCAGUGUGAGGCCUGUCAUCAGUUUAUCACAGGGAAAGUUUUGGAGGCAGGAGAUAAGCACUACCAUCCCAGCUGUGCACGAUGCAGCAGGUGCAAUCAGAUGUUCACGGAGGGAGAGGAGAUGUACCUGCAAGGUUCAACAGUAUGGCAUCCAGACUGUAAGAACAGCAGUAGAGCGGAAGAAAAGUACAGAGCAGCUUGGCAGCAUCGUAAAGGGAAACCAAGUCCGUUUGAUAUCUUUUACCCACAGUCUCAGAUACAGAACCGGGGCCCAGGUGGCUCUCGGCCGGACCGGCGUCCCCUGGGCGGACGUGAGCCCCUCCCACCCUCAGUAACCUCUCUGCACCAAUCAGAAAGGCAGCCCACGAGGUCUUCGUCUGAGAGUAUCUGUUCCAGACCUGGUUCCAGUAUCCCAGGAUCUCCAGGUCACCCAAUCUAUGCAAAAGUAGACAAUGAGAUUAUUGAUUACAAGGAUCUAGCAGCCAUCCCCAGAGUCAAGGCCAUUUAUGACAUAGAGCGUCCAGAUAUGAUAUCCUAUGAGACCCUCCAUUCCACCUCCUCUACCUUGGACAGACAAGGGAAGCACAGCCCGGGAGAGCCUGUCAGAGCAUCUGGUGGCAGCCCACUAAGAGGCCGAGCCACAACCCUUCCACAAGACCCCUCCACACUGUCCACGGAAACAUCUCCGAGGACGCUGUCUCCCACCCCUUCUGCUGAGGGUUGCUAUGACAUGAGGGAACGCAUCAUCCAGCGCUCCACCAGUCAGGGCUCCAUCGGUUCUCCAAUCUAUCACCGCCAUAAUUACAUACCGUCCCUAUCCAAAUCUCCACAGCACUUUCACAGACCAGGAAUGCUGAAGCUCUCCUCUUCCUUGCGCUCCAGUCACAGUGAUACUCGCCCCACCUCCCCUUUCCGACAUCACUUUCUUCCCCACACCAAAGAUUCGUUCUGCAUAGGCACUGAGCCGUCCAGUGGCCGGAGUUCUCCCCUUUCCUCUCGGCCGGCCACCCCGACCCUCUCUCUGACCCCUAAACAUUUCCACAUCCCAGAUCAAGGCAUUAAUAUGUAUAGAAAACCACCAAUCUACAAACAGCAUGAUUCAGCUGCCCUGGCAGCCCAAAGCAAGUCUGCCGAUGACAUCAUCAAAUCAUCCAAGUUCCCUGCUGCCCACGCCCCUCGAGCGGACGAAACCCCAAAGAUUGAGACCGAAUACUGGCCGUGUCCUCCAUCCCUCGCUGCUUUAGGCUCAGAUGGGAGAAGUCGCUCACGAGAUGAGGAAGAGGAUGAACAUCAGAAACGCAGGCAGCUUCAAGAAGAACAUCUUAGCAAGAUCCAGUCUGGACUUGGGAAGCUGAUUCUGAAGGAGGAAAUGGAGAGAGAAAUGACCAGAGAGAAAUACCCACGCAGUGUCGCCGCCCAACGCUUUGACUCCCAAUAUGCAAACUGUAUCACAGACUCUAAAACAUCAUCUUUGCCCGGAUAUGGACGCAAUGGCCUGCAUCGGCCACAAUCUACCGAGCUCUCGCAGUAUAACAGUUAUGGGGAUGUAUGUGGAGGACAAAGAGGUAAUGUGGUGUCUCAAAUACUCUAGUGCACUAAACUAAUA